CUUGAAAUUUGUGAUUGAAAGCAUGCGUUUUUUAAUCACAUUCAUCUAAAAAACUCGUAAAAUUCUAGUAGGUGAAUUUGAUUUUUGCUUGCACCUGUCUUUUAUUCAUUUCAAUCUGCAUUUCACGUCAAUGCACGACUAUUAGUUUCUCGUCUUGUUUUUGCUUUAAGAUACCUUUGACGCAUUCCAAUUAAUUCCCUUGGCAAUUAUUUCGUUUUGUUAUCGUUGAAUUCGUUUCUUUUGGAUUCCCAAAAUACAGGCACACUGUUUAAGGAGCCUGACGAUGUUAUUUAACUAUUCUAUCAUAAACGUCAAGUUUCAACAAAUUGUUAUUCAUCUACUUGAACAAUGGGAACUAUACUUUCUUCUAAGCCUGUUUGUAUUUACGAACCUUUUUCUUAUUCGUUGUAUAUUUCAACCAAAAUCCCUACCCAAGAAUAUCAGAAGAUACUUUGCUAAAUAUAAAUUUAUAGACUUUUCGCAAAUAUUUUUAUCUUCAGUUUCCUCCCUUCUUUCGUUAUGGAUCCAACCAACAAAGCUAUGGUACCCGCUACAAAUAUUGCUUCAUCUAGAGCUAAUAUGCUUUUAUAUAAUAUCAUCAAGAGACCAUUUACAGGCACCAUUAUUUUAUACGUUGAGCAUACUUUACUCUUCAGGCUUGUUCACAUUUUCUGUUUUAAGUGUCGUUUGUUCAUCUCAGUUUGCAACUGAACAAUUCCAAGUCUUACGGUUAAGUACUCUUAGCGAUCGUAUCCAGGUUUCUUACAUAGUGAUCUUAUUUCUUCUGAACCUCUUUCCUUUGUUCACUCCUCGAGUAUGGUAUCCUGUUCAACCAAACGUUAUUUCUGAUAUUCCGUCUACCGAACAGACUUGCUCCUUAUUUUCAUUGUUCUUCACAUAUGGUUGGCUUAAUGAUAUUAUUUGGAAGGCUUGGAAAAAUCCGGUUUCUCUUGCAGAUAUGCCUGCGUUGCCCAAUACAGAUCAAACUUCAAUAUGGUUUUCUUCUUUCCAGAAAAGAGGGAAAAAGGGUCUUAUAGCCAUGAUUUUGUACUCAUUACGAGUCAACGUUGUUUACCUUGUCGUGCUUUCUAUAUUCGUGAGUUUGACUACUUUUAUAUCGCCGUACACGAUAAAAAACUUACUUCAAUAUCUUCAAACCCAGCAGGACAACUCCUCAAUAUUCCCAAUUCAUUUGCUGUUCAUGUUAUUAUUCGGCCCAUAUGUUGCUUCUGUCAUAAAGGAGUACAGUGUUCAUAUCUCGAGACGAUUUAUGCUACGUACCAAGGCAGGUAUCUCCCAAUUGAUUUAUGAAAAGGUCGUUUAUUCUAAGGUUUCUCAAUUAACUAUGGAUGGUUCUCAAGCUAACAUUGACCAUAUAUAUAAUUUGCUUGCUUCAGAUGUCGAGAAUAUAGCCAACAUGAGAGAGUUUAUUAGUUUUUUUAUUCGAGGUCCUAUUGAUGUGGGGAUAGCUAUGUUUUUCUUACACCAGUUACUCGGCUGGAGUGCUUACGUUGGUGUUCUUUUGGCAAUUGGCAGUGCUCUCCUUCCUCUUUUAAUUUCUUCCAAAUUAGCCGAGCUUACUAGAAUAGCCAACCGUUCAAGUGAUGAUAGAAUUCGAUUUACAACAGAAAUAUUACGAAGUAUCAGAGUGACUAAGUUCUUUGGUUGGGAGCAGCCAAUGCUACAAGAAAUUCGCAAAAAACGCAAUAUCGAAAUUGCGAAUAUUUGGAGACUAAAUAUUCUUGAUAUCAUUUUUAAGAGCUGUAUGAAAAUCGCUCCCUUUUUAUGUAUGUUUAUUACAUUCGCGGCAUUCACAAAAGUAAUGAAUCGAGAAUUAUCCCCUUCCAUUGCUUUUACUUCUAUUUCUUUGUUUUCUGUACUUAGAAAUCAGUUCAUAACCCUGUCGGGUAUACUUCGACAAAUGAUUCAAUUUAGGGUUUCUAUCAAUCGUGUUAGUUCGUUUUUAGCUAAAGGAUGCGAAGAAAAUGGAUUACCCGUUAGCAAUCAAGAAAUUUCUUUUACGCAUGCUUCGCUAUCAUGGUAUCCUUUUCCUUCUUCUGCUCAAUUUCAGCUUAGAGACUUGAACUUUACAAUUCCCCGUAAUCAAUUUACGUUGGUGUUAGGAGCUACCGGUUCUGGGAAAUCGACAUUAGCUGCUGCCAUUCUUGGUGAAUUGCACCUUACUAGUGGUGAAAUGAAUGUCCCUUUGCGAGAGGAGUGUGUCGGAUAUGUUCCCCAAACAUCCUGGCUCAGAAACGAUACCAUUCGAGCUAAUAUUCUUUUUGGGGAUAUUUUUGACGAACACAGAUACCGCAAGGUUAUUGAGGCUUCCUGUUUAGAAGCUGAUUUUGAAAGAUUCCAUGCCGGUGACUUAACUUUUGUUCAGUCAAACGGAUCAAGUCUUUCGGGGGGACAAAAGCAAAGGAUCUCAUUAGCCCGAGCAUUAUAUUCGAAUACUAAUGUUUAUGUUUUUGAUGACAUAUUUUCGGCUCUAGAUAUUGCGACAUCGAAGAAGGUUUAUAAAAACUGCUUUGAGAGCGGGCUCUUAAAGGAUAAAACGGUUAUAUUAUUUACUCACAAUAUCAAUCUUUCUAUAUCAAUGGUUGACAAUAUCAUUUUGUUGGAAAAUGCUACAGCGAGGUUUGUUCCCUCCAAAGAAGUAAAGGAACAACUUUCUUCUUUUCUAUCUAUUCAUCAUAAUGACACUAGUCAUGAACCCGCGCAAAUCAACGUCUCAAAUCCGCACGAAAAUCUGCGUCAAGAAAAUCUAGUAUCUUCUGAAGAAGAAGCAUCAACACGAGUUGUCAGUGCUGCAAAACCUAGCCUUGUUUAUUUAGCAAGUCACUAUAUGAGAUGUUUCGGAUCCUCCUUGUUCCUUAGCAUUUCUGGGUCGUUUGUAAUAUUAACUCAGUUGAUGAUAGCAAGUAUUGAUUUCUGGGUAGCACUCUGGUCCGGACAAUCUCAUAAAAAACUUAGGCUUCCGUUUCCGAUGUCUUUUCUCCAGGGGUAUGCAUUUCUCUUGGUCAUUUACUUUGUUGUCGACUUAACGAGAGGUGGAUUGUUUUCUGCUGGAGGCCGUAAAGCCAGUAGAUCCGUUCAUGAACGGGUCUCAGAACACGUUUUUGGUAGUCCAUUGCACUGGUUUGAAAAGAUCGCGGUAGGAAGAGUUAUAAACCGGUUUUCAAAGGAUAUUGCAUCUGUAGACAAUUCCUUAUGGGUUUCGAUUGAAAACAUAUCAUGCUGUCUAAUGGCUUUGUUGAUGGGGCUUGGAAACGUUACAAUCAUAAUGCCUAUAUUUAUUGGUCCUGCCGUUUUAGUUUGUACCGUCGUAUAUGCGGUUGCUUACGUGUAUUCAAAGGCACAAAAGCAGCUUACGGCUUGUUCUUCUUCUCAAAUAUCGCCCGUAUUUAGUUUGUUGGGUGAAACACUAUCUGGUUUAACGGUCAUCCGUGCAUUCAAAAAAGAACGGAUGUUUGAAAUGGAAAACAUGAUUGUUCUUGACCAUAUGCUACAAUCACAGUUUGUGUCUUAUGCGAUCAAUCGCUGGCUGGCAAUUCGCACUGACGGGAUUAGUGGUUUGGUUGGUUUUCUUACAGCGUCGAUAGCCAUAUGGAAACAAAAUAUACCUACAGAAUUGGUUGGAUUUUCACUCAACAGUGCGGUCGGAUUAAAUUUAUGCGUAUUAAUCUUUGUGCGAGCUAGCAAUGAGUUGAUUACGCAUUUAAAUAGCUAUCAUAGACUGAACGAAUACAGUAACCUACCGCUGGAAGAGGAGAAGUCGGCAUCGGACUGUGAGCCACGAGAUGAGGAAUGGCCAAGAUCGGGAUCGUUAGAUGUGCAGCAAUUAACGGUCCAUUAUGGAAUGAGUGCAAAACCUGUGCUUGAAAACAUAAGUUUGAUGGUAGCGCCAAAGGAAAAGCUCGCGAUUGUGGGAAGGACGGGAAGCGGAAAGAGCACAUUGGGUUUAAGCCUACUUCGAUUUACCAACCAAACGAGCGGGAGCAUUCGAAUUGAUGGAGUGGAUAUUAACACGGUUCAGUUGGAAACGCUCCGGCGGCGAGUAAGUCUUAUUCCGCAAGAUCCGGUUUUGAUUUCAGGUACAGUCAGAAGCAAUUUGGAUCCCUUUGAGUGUGUGAGUGAUGAAGAAUUGAACGAUAUAUUACAAGUGACAUCUUGUGACACAUUGGUGAAAAUAGGAUCAGGGACGACGGGAUCGUCUUUUGCGAUUCAGUUGGACACACCGGUGGAAACGGGCGGUACGAAUUUUUCUCAAGGACAAAGACAGAUUUUGGCACUUGCAAGGGCACUCGUUCGGAAAUCGCAGAUUAUUAUAUUGGAUGAAAGUACGGCAUCCGUGGAUGAUACCACCGACCGUCGAAUCCAAGAGAUGUUACGAGGAGUCUUCCAAAAUGCGACCGUGUUGUGCAUUGCGCAUCGAAUUAAGACGGUAUUGGAUUACGACAAAAUCUUGGUAUUAGACGCGGGAAAGGUUGUUGAGUACGGAAGCCCCAAAUCGUUGUAUUCGAAACGAGGAUCGUUUUGGGCAAUGUGUCAACAGAGUCAAAUCUCAUUGUAACGAAUCGGCAUUGGCAUGUAGGAAAGAAGAAACGCGGAAACAAUGAAAACUGCAGGCGGUUUGGUUUGUAUAGAUGUAAAUGUGAAAUAUAAAAAAAAAAAUCUCAACAAAAGUUUACAGAAUUGGAACUAUGUGUGUUUGUAACGGUUGUGAAAGAAAAGAUUCCAUUCAUCCCAAUGACGAUGCAUGCAAAAACGGAGAGUUAAACACAUUUUUUUCUUUUACUUCUUUACAAGAUUCCAACGAUUACCAAAAAAAAUUUCUUUUUCUUUGGUUUUUCAUUGUAUAUCAUUGUUUAUUUUCCAGCGAGUGGAAACAACCUACGUUCAUCUGGAUACCAGAGUCUAGCGCAAUUCAUAUUCUUUCCAUUGCAAUGUAGUGGGUAGUGGUAUUUCUUGCAUGGGUUACUUGGUACUUGCUACUUGUUAUAGCUAUAGCUGGAGCUGUAGCUCGGGCGGGUUCAGCUACGCAGUCAGUAAAAGGAGACGGUGUCGGACCUAACCUAAGCUUCCCACGGUACCAAUUGGCCGAUAGUCGUAAAGAACGGAGCCUGGUGUACUUGCGCAGCCAUUUCUGGACGCGGCCGUAAUAGAGUAAGUAGUGCAAGUAUCCGCAAUGGGGGUUUCCUUUUCUUUCUUUUUUGUGUUCGUUUCAAAGCUUUUUGAAAAUAGAUAAAGUAAUGAAUUAAAAUAAUUAUUAUGAA